AAUUAAAUCAUCUGGUAAUUUGUUGGUCUCUGUUCAUUAGCUGCUUAUUAUCAGAUGGUAUUAAUUAUUUUAAAUUCUAUCUUCAGUAAAAAUAAUUAAUAAUCUUUGGUUGAUUUUGGUUAAUUUAAAUUUCUUUCGGUUUUUACGUGAUACCAGAUGCCUCAGAAACAAAGGAAAAUCGCCAUAAUGGGAUUCCGAUCAGUCGGUAAAUCAUCACUGACUAUUCAAUAUGUAAAAGGACAAUUUGUUGAUUCUUAUGACCCAACAGUAGAAAACACUUUCACUAAGACUGUAAAAAUCAAAGGACAAGAAUAUUUUCUAAAACUGGUUGACACAGCGGGACAAGAUGAAUAUUCAAUUUUCCCUCCAGCGUAUGCGAUAGAUAACCAUGGUUAUUGUCUAGUAUACAGCAUAAACAGCUUGAAAUCAUUUGAAGUGAUACGGAUAAUCUAUGACAAAUUAUUGGAUAUGACUGGAAAGGUACAAGUUCCAAUUGUAUUGGUUGGUAAUAAAUUGGAUCUUCAAUCUGAAAGAGUUGUACCUUACGAGGAAGGUAAAAGACUAGCUGAUUAUAUGAAAGCAGAAUUCAUGGAAAUCAGUGCCAAAUCAAAUGCAGACGUAAGCAGCCUGUUUACAUCUUUGUUGAUGAUGAUUGAAAGGGUUCGGAAUGAAGUUACCGAUAAACCAGAAGGAAAAGCAAAAUGUGCCCUAUCCUAAAGGAGCUUUUUGUCUUUUGAAUUUUUUUUCCUCUAUUCUCUCUCUCUCUCUCUCUCUCUCUCUCUACACCCUUUUUUUUCUCUCUCGAUCGCUCCUUCCUCCCUCUUCUUUGUAAAUCGUCCGUCUUUCUCCUUUUCCUCUACCGCUACUACUAAAACCAACUACUACUACUACUACAAUUAAUUCUACUACCAAUUCUACUACUAACUAUUACUACUACUGCUACUACCACUUCUACUCUUACUGAUAUCUUCCUCUUCUACUUCUCAUAACUUUUGCCCCUUUUUUCAUCGCCAUUGUGUACUCAUAUUAUAAAUUAACGUUCGGCCAUUUAGUAAAAAAACAAAAAACAAACAUUUGGUUUAACUUUGGGAUAUAAUAUGUAAUUAACCGGUUAUUUGAUUCUCUAAUUGUUGAUUUUUUUUUGAUUUUUUUUCUCCCUUCUUUCUUGCCAAUAUCUUUUCAAACCAAUCAUUUUUGUACCGAAAACCAACAAAAAGCGAGUAAGAAAAGUGUUAAUUUUGUUCACUUUUCUAUUUUCUUUAAUUCUCAAGAUGAUCAUUUGUAUUGUGUAGACAAAUUUGUAUAAUUCAAAUUGAUUAACGAAACAAAAUGGAAAAUUAUAAUCAAUGGUUUGAAAUAUAAAAAAUUUCACUUUUUUCGAAUUAAAAAAUUAAUAUAAAAACAA